GAACAGUUGAACACCAAAGACAACAGUGUUAUGUAUGGAGCAGGCUACGCUCUAGUGACUGUCCUCCUGAUAUGGCUCGAUUGGAGUGGUGUGCCUACAGAUACUGCUUUCGACAUCACCACCCACUGGAUCAGCAGUCUCUGCCUCCUCAUUGCGUGUUUCACACUGCUCGAACACGUUCUCGAAGCCCUCGGUGAGGCUGCACUGCCUGACGACCAGGACAAAGGCAAAGCUCGGACUUCCAUCGGUGCUAUUGUGAGUAUGUAUAUGGCUAUCAUACUCGCCAUCCUUUCGCAUUGCCUAGACAACAAGAUCUUCAUCUACAAACUCUUCUGGAUACAAGUCCCAGCACUACCCGGAGCCUACCUCGCAACCACCCGCCUCAAAAACACGAUAGAUGGUAAAGAGCAAGGGCUCAAGAAGACCUGCAAAUACGGACUGGUAGAUCUGCUGUUAUGGAUCCACCCGCAAAACAUGCCUGUUCUCAAGGAUGGCGCAACCCGUAAAGAGGAUGAUGAAUAUGCGUUGGCUUUCAUAGGGUUUCUCCUGGGGCUUUUCAUACUUGUUAGUACCAACAUCGUCUACCUUAUCGACAGCCUCAAUCACGCUGUCAAAACACGUGUUGCGGAAAAUUCCAAGGGCAGAGUUUUGGUCACUCUCGGUGCUUCCAUGGGUAUUGGUAUCAUGAUACUUGGCGUUAUGGUGCCCCUCGAGCUGAUUUUCCAUAUCUUGGACGGCAAGCAUUGGAUGUAUCAGAUCCUUCUGGCGGAACAGGGUGCACUGCCGGGUGCAUAUCUCAUCGGCGAUUCUGCAUGGUUGGCCAGGACUUUUAUGGGUCAGCAGUCUAUCUUGCCGGGAUACUCGACAAUCGAUACAGAAGAAGGUCAGAAAUAA